UUCUCUACAAUAUUGUAGAGAUGGUUUUGUUUGUUAAUUCAAAAAAUAUAUUUUGAUGAAUGAUGUUUGAAUAACUUUUAUUGUGUAUAAAAUACCGUCAGGGCUUGGUGGAUUGUGUUCAUCUGAAGUUGCCAGGCAGUGUAACAAUGCAGUGUUUUUUUUUUUCUCUGUCUUGCAAGACUAUAAUUAUGGAGAAUGAGGUUCUUCCAAAGAUAUUCUUGGACUUCCUCAAUAUCCGCCAUUUUCCAUCCCUGCCAAAGACGGACAGCUGUGGAUCUUUGGAUACAGACUCAGUGGAAUCGAGUAAACUUUCACAUCAGCCUAUCAUGGUGUUUCUGAAUGACCCCUACCUGCUGCCGGAUGCACACGAUGCAUUUUCAAACAUCGUGAUUGAAGGCGUCGUCCAUGGAGUUUUCUAUGCUGAUCUCCAGCCCAGGUAGAGCCAAAAAAGGGGAUGAUGGGAGGGGGGGGGGUCUCCCUGGAAGCAAGUCUGAGAGAAGCUAAACCUCAUUUACUUUGUCUUAAAGAUAAAAUGGAGAUAAAUGAAGUUAAUCAAGUUAAUCAAGAAGUUUUAAGUGACUUAAGCAGCAAACUAGGCAUCUGCAGUUUUUUUUUAAUCAUGUCUUAUACUGUGAAAUUUGUAUUCGUAAUCAAGUGUAGAAGUUUGAGAAAAAGAGGCCGAUUACAGGAAGGGGCAUUUAUUUGACUAACAUAAAAUAAUGAGGGCUGCAAGCUGCUCUGAGGAGCCACAUGAGAAAUGAGGCGUUGAAGGCCUCCUGGGGAAAAAAAAAAUGCAUUGUGGGGAGGUGCCACUCCCUUGAAAAGACCAGCGCCUGGGUCACAGAGGACUCAAAAGGGACUUUGGGUUCAUUUUCAACCCUGAAAACUGACCUUACUUUGCUUUGAUUUUGUACUUGCACCUGUGAGAUUUAUUUUAAAUUAUUUUUGACAAAGAAAAAAAAUGCUUAUUGUAACACUUAAACCUUAGUAGCCAGUAUGUGACACUAGUACCAGUAAUGUCCCAGAUGGGAUACAAAUAAUGAAGGCGGGUGUUAGUAUCAAAUUUUGUGCAAUAUGGAAUCAAACACUUUGUCGCACGUGCGCGUCUUAAUGAAUUGUAACACCGCAAUCCACUUCAAAAAGUGAACUACUUUUUCUGAAGGCCAAUUCCUACCUAAUUUCUAUAUGACAAAUCUUUUUGGGAUUGUUUCACAUGUCAUUUCUUGAGAUGGCCAAAUUGUUUGCCUUGUGCUAUCUUUCACAUUCAAUGAAUUUCACUUUUUUGAAUUGAUCUUGAUAUGAAAUAUUCCAAUUGAGCUGCUCCUUUAUGUCGUUAUAUGUACAAUGAACCGAUGUCCUAGAAAUAGUCAAUGUUAUGAAUUUGUCGACACAGCAGUUUUUAUAAGACCUCAUCUUCAACAUGUACUGAAUAACCAUUGAACUAACUCCUCCUGGUAGAAGUGCACUCUCCCAUACGUAUUAUUGUAUUGUUUGUGCUCUGAUGUGUGAAGAGUCCCAUUGUGCCGUAGGAUGGAUGAAACUGAGUAAUUUACGAUUAAAACCACACUGUUACUGA